CCUCCAGGACUCCUUGAGGCAAAAAGGGGAAUCAUUUAUUUUCACUAUAAUUCCAUCCAUAACUAACACAAUGACAGAAUGAAUGACUAUUUUGUUAAUGGGUUUCUUACACUUUCUGUAAAAAAAAAACAUCUAAGAGCAAAGAUAUAUCAGAUGGGAGACCCUGGGACCAAAUCUUAUGAAAUGGUGUCCGUGGUGUAAUUUGCGUCAGUUUAGAGAUCCUUGAUGUAAAAAAGUUUAGGAACCACUGUACUACUGUAGGCUAUAUUACUCCGAAGAGGAACGUGCAGACUGAACUUUAAGGUAAUAAUAAAGUUAGCUAAGUUGAUACUAUAGGCUAGUCUUUCCAGUUUUCAUAUUGUUGUAGAAAUAAAUAUAUAUAUAAACCAGAGUUUUUUCAUGUAAAGUGAAGCUAACGUUAGAAAGUGGCUAUAAAAUAGUUGCUUCUGGUGUAAUUUAAAGCUAACUUUAGCAUGUGGCUAUAAACUAUAGCCUAAUGGCUUUAGUGUAAUUUGAAGCUAAUGUUAACAUGAGGGUUGCGAGUGUUAGUGUUAUGAUUGGCCAGACUGGAAAGUGACCUGCCCUUGGGUUAACGUUAGAGGACACUGAAGUGCACAACUUACAAAUUGCUUGAUAGACAGAGCAUUCUUAUGCCACGUGCAGCAAACACUGCUGGCUCUCAUUCGUCUGUGUUUCAGGGAGAGGACUGCUACCGAGUGAGGUGUAAAGUUGGCUAUGGACUGUGAGGAAGCAAGCAACCUGCGGCACAGCUGACCUUUGACCUUGGACUGCUGUCCCUCCUUCCCUGCCUGUAGGACACUGACUGUCUCAGCUACCGGGGCAAUAUAAGGAAGGAGGCAGCCUACAUCAAUCAGUAGUUGGAGGGGAUCGAGUGAAGAGGCAACAUCAUUUACAUCAGCAGCUUGUACUGUGUCAAGCCUUCGGUAUGCCGUCCGUUCGCCUCGUCUUCCUGACCUCUCUCCUCGUGCUACUGAUGGCCGUGCUGACCUACAGCGCCAGAACCACACGCUGGCCCAAACCUCAGACCACCAAGAAGCCCCCUCGAGCUGGUGCUGGAGGUGGAGGAUUCCGACGGACCACCACCACGACCGCGUCCGGCGGCCUGCACACAGAUGAGACAACUGAGGUCACGAUGGACGCUUUCUCCCUGUCCCCUACAGACAGCACCACCUACUCCAACGACGCUUACUCCACUGAGUUCCACACCGACGCCAUAGUGGCCCCCGGGAACACCCUGGGAAACUAUACCCUAGACUACAAUGAAUGCUUCUUCAACUUCUGUGAGUGCUGUCCGCCGGAGAAGGGCCCCGUGGGGCCCAUGGGAGAGAGUGGGCCAGCGGGACCGCAAGGAGAGGGGGGUCCUCCAGGGUUACCAGGAGAGAAGGGAGAAAUUGGGCUCAGAGGACUUCCAGGACCAGAAGGAAUACCUGGAGCCAACGGACUCAAUGGCGACAUAGGUUUCAAAGGUGAUCAAGGACCCGUGGGUCUUCCUGGUGCCCCCGGUAUCCCAGGAAAACCAGGAGAGAAAGGUGAUCCGGGCCCCAGAGGAGAGAAAGGUGAACGUGGCUUCAGUGGUCUGAAAGGGGACCCGGGAGAAAGAGGAGCGCCUGGCCUGAAUGGGACUAAGGGCAACAUCGGGCGAGAGGGGCCUAUGGGCCCCCCUGGGUUAGCUGGGACAAAGGGUCAGAAAGGUGACCAGGGACUUAUAGGCGAGUGCUCACCUGGCGAGAAAGGUGACGUGGGUGGGCGUGGGCCUCCUGGUCUGAGUGGUGAGAUGGGCCCCCCAGGAGUGAAUGGAACUGUUGGUGCAAAAGGAGAGAGAGGGGAGCCAGGGCCUCCAGGAGGGAAGGGGGAUACUGGUGGCAGAGGGCCCCCAGGACCUCCAGGAGGGAGGGGCAUGGCGGGGCUGAGGGGGGAGAGGGGAGUUAAAGGUGGGCGUGGGCCUCGGGGCCCUAAAGGCCCGCAAGGUGAGAACGCGGAGCUGAUUCGCUCUGCCUUCAGUGUGGGCUUGUUCCCUAGCAGGUCCUUCCCUCCUCCCGGCCUGCCUGUGAAGUUUGAUAAGGUGUUUUACAACGGGGAGGGCCACUGGGACCCAGUGCUCAGUAAGUUCAACGCCACCUACUCGGGAGUCUACUUAUUCAGUUACCACAUCACCGUGCGCAACAGGCCCGUGCGUGCUGCCCUAGUGGUUAAUGGGGUACGGAAGCUGCGGACUCGGGACUCUCUGUACGGCCAGGACAUCGAUCAGGCGUCCAACCUCGCACUGCUGCCGCUGAACGAAGGCGACCAGGUGUGGCUGGAGACGAUGAGAGACUGGAACGGAGUUUACUCCAGCAGUGAGGAUGACAGCACUUUCUCUGGCUUCCUGCUUUACCCAGACUCAAAGAACAAACCUACUGCAAUAGAAAACCUACUGCAAUAGAAAACCUGUGACGGCAACCUUUGACCUUGAUUGUAACUUCUUGUAGACUCUGCACAACCUUCGUCCUAUUGCACUGCUCUGUCAAAUCAAUGUGAUUCAGCUAAAAGCUGCUGCUUCAGUAUCUGCUCGCGGCUGUCGCGCUAAUCAAACCAAAUGCUUCGCUUGCCUUGCUGUAUUUGGAGAUGGAUGAGGCUUGAUUAUACUGCUGUAUGCAACACUUCAGUUCUUUGUAACAAUGCAUUAAAAAUGGCUAU